AUGCAGACAUUGGGCAAACUUCAUUUUGGCUGUGGUGCUUUCCAUUAUGUCAUCAAACACAAGUCAGGUACAUGCAACAUAGUAGCAGAUGCCUUGAGCAGGAGAGCAGCCCUAUUGAUCACAAUCAAGCAAGAAAUUGUUGGGUUUGACUUUUUUAAAGAUUUAUACACCUCGGAUGAAGAUUUUGCUGCCACCUGGGCAAAGAUUGAUGCUAAACAGCCUACCGACAGUUUCUUGAUUCAUGAUGGGUACUUAUUCAAAGAAAAUAGGCUAUCCAUCCCUCGGUCUUCCCUUCAAGAAAAACUAAUCAGAGAAGUCCAUGGUGGAGGGUUGAGUAGACAUUUGGGGCGAGAUAAAACUAUUACAGGUUUGGAGUCUCGAUUCUUUUGGCCACAGCUAAAAAAGGAAGCAGGAAAGCUAGUACAAAGGUGUUCCAUUUGCCAAACACAAAAAGGCCAUUCACAAAACACUGGUCUUGACACUCCGUUGACUGUACCGGAAUAA